CUCCUCCUUCAGACUUUCCUGGCCUCCGGAGCCCUUUCCCGUGAUACCUGGCGCUCGGCUGUGGCCGUUGCCUGGCAACUCACAGGCCUGGUGGCAACUCACAGGCCUGGAUGCAGUGCUCCGCCAUGGGAUCGCGGGGCUUCCCGCCGCUUCUGUUGGUGCUCCUGAGCUGCUGCGUUUCAGCGAGCACCCAGGCCGUGGCCACCCCGGCUGUGGCCACCCCAGUCAUGACGCAGGAGGACCUCAACUUCACCGAGACCACCCCAGCCAUGACGAAGAAGGACCUCAACUCCACCGAGGCCACCACCCCAGACAUGACAAAGGAGGAUCUCAACUCUACCACUCCAGCCACUCUCAGAACCUCCGGGUCGCCUAGGACCCCGGGUACUCCCAAGGCCCCGGAGCUCUCUGGCCCCAGGCCCACCCCUGUCACGGACGUUGCUGCUCUGUGUGUCUGUGACCUGCUUCCAGCACAGUGUGAUGUCAACUGCUGUUGUGACCCUGACUGCAGCCCCACAGAUUUCAGCGUCUUCUCUGCCUGCUCAGUCCCAGUUGUCACGGGUGAUAGACAGUUUUGUAGUCAGAAGGCAGCUGUCUACUCAAUGAAUUUGACAGCAGACCCUCCUCACCGGGUCUUUAAACUCAUUGACCAGAUCAACCCUUCCAUCUUCUGCAUCCAUAUUUCAAACUACAAGCCUGCUCUGUCCUUUGCUAAUCCAGAAGUGCCGAAUGAAGACAAUUUCGACAGACUGACACAAGCAUCCGGUGGCUUUACGCUGAGUGCCACAUCCGACGGUCCUUCUACAGCCACCUCAGAUGCCCCACAGACCACUAAAUACGAGUACGGUGUUCCUCUGCAGACUGCAGGCACAUCUUCAGGUUCAUUUCUUAGACUGCCUUCGCCUCUCACGUCAUCUCUGUGCACAGAUGAGAACCCUGCAGCAUUCCUGGUGAGCCAGGUCUUCAAAUGCAGCAGAAGGGUGGACAUAGAAGAGUGUGAACGAAUGGAAGCCCUCAGCAUGGCUCAUUACAGCAGCCCUGCCAUCCUGAGGGUGCCUAAUUCAACGACACAGGUCUCCAUUAAGAUGCAGUCUGUCCUGUAUCGGUCUCUCAAUCACACGCUGACCCCGUUAGAAGGCCAUGGCAUCCUGCAGCCAUCCCUGGUCAGCACUGGGCAAGAUAGACUCUGCAGCAAUGUUGUUCUCGAGGUGAAGUACAGCCUGUGGUACACAGCCACAGGCCAGAUACGGGAAGCCGGCCUCUCCCUCGUAUUGGGGACAUUCAGCAGCACAGUGACUCUCCUGCAGCAGAAGUUUGAGAUUCACUUUAUUCAGCACGACACCAAGCCUGUUCCUCGCAGUGGCAACCCUGGUUACAGGGUGGGACUCCCGCUGGCCGCUGGCUUUCAGCCUCAGAAGGGGUCUGGGAUUGUCCAGACCACAAACAGACAAGGACAGUUUACCAUUCUUCAUAGCACAGGCGAGCAGGACUGCCUUGCCAGCGAGGGGCUCCGGGACCCCGUGUUGUUUGGCUACAAUGUACAAUCUGGCUGUCAACUCAGAUUGACAGGCACCAUCCCCUGUGAGCUGCUGGCGCAGAAGAUUCAGGACCUACUGAGAGGCCAGGCCUUCCCUGACUAUGUGGCUGCAUUUGGGAAUUCCGGGGCCCAGGAUGUGCAGGACUGGGUGCCUGUGCGUUAUGUCACCCACUCCUCCAAUGUGAAGGGCCCUUGCCAGCUCCCUGUGGCUUUGGGUAUAGAAGUGAAAUGGACUAAGUAUGGGUCUCUGCUGAACCCCCAAGCCAGGAUAGUAAACGUCACAGCCCAGCUCAUCUCCAUUCCAGAGCCCCUCGCAGGGCCCGAGAGGACGAUUGUCAUUUCCACUACAGUGACAUUUGUGGAUGUGUCAGCCCCUGCAGAGGCAGGCUUCCGAGCCCCACCCACCAUCAACGCCAGGCUGCCCUUCAGCUUCUUCUUCCCAUUUGUGUGAUACAAGUGGACAUGCAGGAACCUAAGCUGCCUGAGCUGUAACCGCUUCAAUCUCAAGUCUCAGCAGCCCACUUUACGUGCAGCUCUGCCGUACCCAAUGGGCUGUGGGACAGGAGGUGCCAGCCAGAGCUCCUGAGGUCACAGCUCCAUCAGAGGGCACACCCACCAGAAACAUGGGCCACACUGUUACCCCCUCACCUCAGGCUUCCCAAGCUGGCUGGCUAUCUAGAUCCCCUGACUAUACAACCCCCACCCCCCCACCCCGCCGCCCUCUGCGGCAGAACUGCUGGUAAAGUGGACACUGUCUUUCCUGGGGAGACUGAACAGUUUCAACACCGACCAGCCAGGGCCUCACAGAAGCGCUGCUCCUUGGAUAUGUGCACCAGAGGCAGUGAUUGUGCUUGGAGGCUGGCAGAGCAGGAUUUCCUCAUGUUCUCUCUAGAAGCCAGGGGAUGGUAACACAGCAAUGGAGUGGUAACUCAGGGAAAUGGGGAGCUCCAUGAGGGGACUCUGGGGUUGGGCAGCCAGCACGGAGCGCUGCUCAUCCACCUGCCUCCCUUCUGGAGGAUGCCCUCCCGUGCUGCCCGGGGCUUCCAUGGGAACAUGAACCACGCUACCUUCUGGGAACAUGAAAACCUGACCAGAGUGUGAGACAACUUUGGCACAGUCAAGCUCUGCAGCUCGCGCCAAAUAUUACCAUCUACUUUUCUCCAGAUUCCAAAGGGCAGCAGCCGUGAUACAAACCAGGUAUGAGAUCACGGGCAUCUGGUGACUGGAUUGCCACCUUGGUAGUGACCACAGAGCCCAGACCCCCACCCUCAUGCAGUCUAGGAGCACAGGAGACACACCAUUGAUGAUCCGGGCCACCCGCCAGAGCCGCAGCAGGAUCAGCAGGCCAAGAGCUUCAAACUGGUGCUUCUUAAACAGGAGGACAAGGUCGAGGACGAACGACACCACCACCACAAUGGCAUCCAGGAUCUCAAACUUAUGGUGGAAGAACUCCAAGCGGAAGACAAAGAUUUUAAAGAAAAUCUCCAGCAUGAAGAAGGCCAGGAUGGCAAAGCUCAUGUAGUGGAACACCUGAGGGGACAGAAUGGCAAGGAGCACUGACUGUCGCAUCGUCGUCUCUGGUCACCAAGGAUGACUCAGUGCUGGAGACAAGGUUUCCACCCUUGGGAGAUGUUUAGACAUCCCUGGCCAGGCCUGACUGUCAACCCAGGACUUGGGAAGGUGAGGCAGGAAGAUCAAGAGUCCAAGGCCAGAGUGAAAC